AAAAUAAAAAGUGUGUGAGGUGUUGAUAAAUUUCCAUCCGGAAAAUUGAAUUUUCCCCAGCAAAUUGCCACUGAAAAAGCAGGAAACAACCACAAAGCACAGCAUUUGCCACCUGGCGGCGACGCAAUAGAAAUGGACGACAGCACCAAUCCGAUUGUGCUGGUCCUGUCGGCCGAUUCGACAGUCGAACCGGAGUCGUUGAUAGCGAAAGUGCGAAAGAUUCCGACCGACGAAUGCCAACAGCAGCUGGCAGACGGCCGGACCGGGUACCGAUAUCACAUCCGAACCAAGUACUACGAAACGGAUGUGGUCUUCUGUCCGUGGAAAAGUGCGGACGGGUUGAGUGAGGUGCCGGAGGCAAUUCUGAAACAGAUGGAAGGAAUUUUGAUUUACUUCGAUGCGAAGGAUCGGGAUUUUUUGAAGCGACUACCGGAGUACGCCGGGUUCGUGACGAAUGCGGACAUAGAGUUCGGGAUAUUGCUGUGCUCGGAGCUGCUGGAGGAGUGCGAGAAGGGGAUAACCUACAAGGAGGCGAAGAAGUUUUGCAAUGUGCUGGACGUGAUUGAGCUGGAACCGAGUGGAGAAACGGAGGAAGGGGAAGCGGCCGGGGUGGACGAGCUGGUGCAAGCGAUGCAUAAUUUCAUUUGGUCCAAUGUAAAUAUGAGCAGGAAAGGCGGCACCGCUGAAGGAGGUGGCGGUGAUGGGGAUGGUGGCAGCAGUGUGGAGCAACCGCCGGCCGUGGACGAGCUGAGGAUCGAGGAAGAGUUGAUGGGAUUCGAAAAAUUGUUGACGCAGGUCAUGCAGUUCCGUCCCAAUACCGGCUCGUGGACCAGGAAUGAGCGGUUGGCUUAUGCGCAGGAGUUUGCCGAGAUCUUCGACGAGUUGAUAGGAGACGAGGAUUGAGAUGGGGAAUGAACAAGGGGGGAAGGAAGUCGAUGGUUUUGUUGAUCUUGGCCGCGUGAUUCCGAAGAUCAUUCCAAGUUUGGAUGCAGCGUCAAGGACCGUAUUCGAUCUUAUUUAUUUGGAUAUGAGUAAUGACUAUUAAGAAAUAGAACUGCGUAUUAAUGGCAUAUUAGUUUAUUAUAUUUGUCACGUUGAUUUUAGAAUCUACUAUUGUAACUCAUAUUUUAUAACGAUGAUUAAAGAUUUAAGGUUGAGAACUAA